GAUUUGAUUUCCUCACCGAUCGACUUACAACCACGAAUCGAAUAAUUAUUGCCACAAUAAUUUUGAUCACAAGUAUAUACGUAUUUACAUUAUUUUCACCUAUAACUUAUGGUAAUUCAUGGACAAGAGCUGAAUGUAAUAAAGUAAAAUGGUUAAGUUCUUGGGAUUAUUGUGAUUUAUAUGAUAAGAAGAAUGAUUUAGUUAAUGAUAUUGUAGAGGAUGAAAUCAUAGAAGUGGAUUACGAGAAUUCUCCAGGUUCUUAUCACACAAAAAUUCCAGCUUUUUUAACUCAAGUAGUUGAAGUAGCUUACACGACACAAGGAAUGGAGUGGUGGUAA